GGUAUCCUUUUUCAUCUUAUUUUAGAAAAAUUAGUUUCUUAAUAAAGAAUGUGGCCUAAUUCUAAAGCUCGACAGGUACACUUAUCAUGGUUACCCGGUUAUUCUGGACAAGCUCCUCCACCGCAUGCUGUUCAAGCUGAACCUGGUAUCUAUGUAAUUCGUGGUCGAACCAACGAUGAUGUUAUACCUGGAAAAUGGCUCAUAAAGCUGGGCAAAGCAUUCAUAUCAUAUGAUUGUAAAGAGAUAGAACUAAACAAUUUUGAAGUGUUAUGCAACACUAAUUUAAAGGCAAACCAAUGUUUCUACAGUUGGCUCCCAAGUUCUGCUGGUAAUGUACCAGAGAAAGCAUUGCAGGCUGGUGAAACAUCCUCAUCUGAACCUUUAUUCGUAGCUCGUGGUAUGGUCAAUGGAGAAAUGUGUAUCGGCAAAGUUCAUCCAUCUCAUGGUUGUGCUUAUUUCCCAUGGGGAGGUGAUGAACAUGCUGUACAACAUUACGAAGUUUGUGUUUUUCAGAUUAAUUUAUUUAUGGUACCAUGGUGAGAGAGGUAACACUGAACUACUUCCAGGCGAGUAAAUGUGUGUGUGCACAGAAAAAAGAAUAAAAUGUAGUUAUGAUUAAUUAUUAUCGGAGUAUAUACUUUACAAAAUAAAGAUUCUAUACAAAUUGGGAAUACAAA